AUGUCUUCAAUUGAGACUAACAUUACUAAAGUCCCGCCACAAAAGCCUUUUCGUCGGAGGCUAUCUUUUAAAACAAAGUCUCUAUCUUCUCCUGAAUCAGAUUCUGCAGUCUCGACGACUUUGGGAAAUGGCUUCAACUCUGUUCGAGGAAGCAUCCGCCGUUUUAGGCGAGUUUCUAAUACUUUAACUGGCGCUUCAAGUACUCCAACCUUGAAUCAAAGUGAUAUUAAUGAUUCCAAUUUGACGCAACAAGAACAAGCACAAACCUCCUCUUCUACAAAUUUGCAAUCUCCAACAUUCUCAAGUUUCCAACGCCUCCAAACACUUGCCUCCAUGGCCCGUGAACAAACUUCACGUUUAAAAGAUAUAGACUUGACUGCCGCAGUUCAAGAAAUGGGUAGCGAAAUAGGGAAAAAAGGUUUCGAAUUAGGAAGUUUAGCAAAGGAAGUUGUUGUUGAACGUUGGAAAAAAAGGAAAGAAGCUGUCAAAUUAACGCGCAUAGAAAAAGACAUCAAUCAAAUCAAGAAUGAUCCAUUUAGGUACUGGUUACCAGCAAUCAUGGUGAGAUGUAUUGAAUUCUUGGACAAGUAUGGUUUAGAGGAAGUUGGCUUAUAUCGAAUACCGGGAAGUAUGUUAACUGUUACACGAAUGAGAAAUAUUUUUAACUCUGGUUCAGAUUUGAAUUUUUCACAAAACGAAGAUCCACAUGCAGUUGCAGCACUUUUGAAGAUGUAUUUGCGAGAAAUACCCGAUCCUAUAUUAACGGACGCUUUAUUACCAGAGUUUAAUGCAUGUGUAGUAAAACACAUGAAUCCCUCACCUACAAUAACUUCGGGAUCUCCCCCGAUUCAUAAUACACCAUAUAUAACAACGAUUCCAGAAGAAUUGCCAAAAGCUCUUUCUAGCAUCGUUUCUUGUUUACCACCCCAUCAUUUUUAUCUUUUAUGGGCCCUUUUUUCACACCUUUCUCGUGUAGAUAAAAAUUGCGGAAUAAAUAAAAUGAAUACUAGUAAUCUUGGAUUAAUUUUUCGUCCUAAUUUAGGAAUAAGUUCAUUGCUAUUUAAAGUGUUUACGGAACAUGUUGAUGUAGUAUUUGGGGUUGGAUGCAAAACAGAAAAUGAAGCACUUGAGGAAGAAAAAAAAGCCAAAGAGGGACAAGCACCUGAAGUAUAUCACAAGACAAAUAUCUCAGGAGAUUUUUCGAAAAGUUUUGAAGAUUUAUUAAAUCACACAGAACACGAAACAGUUUGCCCUUCAGAUGAAAAUAAAAAUGAUUCUGUAAAAAAUUACUUGAUAAAUAAUACGACGACGACGAUCUCUACGAUUAAAGUUGGUUCCCCAACUCUUUCAUCAUCAUCAUCUAUAACAUCUCCUCCAACACCACCACUACUUAAAACAAUGAAGGAUCAACAAAAUAAUGAUAAUAGUAAAGAUACGGAUAAUUCUUUUAGUGAGGACGAUUGUUUACUAAAUAAUCAUAAUAAACUUCAACGUUCAGUAAACAUAAUUGAUGCAAAAAAUACUACUACUUUAUCACCAUCAAAUUCUUCAAAUUCUUCUUUUCGCAUGCGUUCUAGGUCCACAGGGAUAUUGAAUGUGUCAGCAAGAUCAUCGAACUGGGUAUUACAUCAUAAUGGAAUGAGCGGUGAUAAAAGUAGUGCAACGACCGCAUGGGUGAGAAGGAGUGGAAGAAGACCAAGUUUAGCACCUCCAAGAUUUUAUUCCAAACAACCCAGUGGAGUGGAGGUAGUAACCUAA